GCCGAUUAUGAAGUGUCUGAUGAAGAUGAGAUAUUAAAUAUCAAUGAUUUGGAACCACUAUCUGAUGAAGAGGGUAAAGACGAAUUUGGAAAUAUUCCAACGUCAUUCUGUGAAUUUGAAUUUGAGAAUGUUGUUCCAUGUCGUUAUAAGAUCAUGGAUAAUUAUUCUGGCGAACCAGUCUCAUACAGUGGCCAAUGGGCCUUUGACACUCGAGAAGAACAGGACCUGAUUACAAAAAGAAUUACGAAAAUGUAA